AUGUCAGCCAGCGAAGAUACAUCGAGACUGCCUCUCCAUGAGACAGGAACUGAAGAGUCAUACAACCUAUUGUCAAUCGACGGUGGCGGUGUCAAAGGGAUCUCGAGCAUGAUUAUACUCAAAAAAAUCAUGGACAGGGUUCGUGAGAUCGAGAACGGGACAGUGGCCCAGGAGGACAAAGCUAUCAACCCAGAAGAACGAAGACCUGUGGAUUAUUUCGAUCUUGCAGCAGGCACAAGUACUGGGGGACUCAUCGCGCUCAUGCUGUUUCGCCUAAACAUGAAAUGCAGCGAAGUCAUUGCACAAUAUCACAUCCUGGCCAAACAGGUCUUCAGUCCCAGGAUAGGUCGGCUCUCUCUGUAUCGACUUGGUCGUUUCGGAAAGCUUGUCGGGGACCUUUGGAUCAAGUUCAAGAUGCUGACCGGCCAAUCCCAAUUCUCUCACCAGCCGCUGGAAAAGGCCAUCGACACGGUUGUGGGAGCGUUUCCUCUAGAUGACGAUGACAAGGCCAGAAAAGGGGAUGCGGUGCUCAUUAAAAAGAACCGAGGUCAAAUGUUCAUGUGUGCCACGCUCGCCGACAAAGGAGAGAGCAUUCUCCUGCGGAACUACGAUCCUCCAUUUGCGCCUCUUCCUGUGUCUGCCGGGGCUAAGGACCUCAACUUCAACACCAUCAGCAUCAAAGAUGCCGCACGGGCAACAUCAGCUGCACCAACGUACCUCAAGCAAGUCAACAUCCAGGGGCUGAAUUUUUGGGACGGUGGACUGCUCAACAAUAAUCCGAUUGACCAGGUCUGGGACAACAGAUAUGAUCUGGUUGCCCGAGAAUGUCAGUCUCCACACAUCAGAUGCAUUGUGAGCUUGGGCACCACUCAUCCGGACUACAAUCCCAACAAGAAACCACGCGGCCGAAGUAUCUCUGGAUUCUUCAACACUGUGUCCAAGACCGUCGCCUUCGUAACCAACACCGAGGCAAAGCACCGCGAUUUCGAGCGGAACAUGCGCCAGCGCAACCGGCGACGCCCAGACCGGCCUACAGGCUAUUUCCGAUUCAACGCACCCACUGAGAAAGAAGAGAUUGACCUGAGCGAUUACUUAAAGAUGCCCAAGUUAUGCGACUACACGGAAAGAUAUCUGAAUAACUCCGAUGUCGACGGCAUGAUCAACGAGUGUGCGGCAUUGCUUGCGAAAAGGGCUUGA